AUGCCAGAUUCCACUCUCCCCAUUCCCCCUCCUCUUCAUGCCCCUCCCCCAUCCAGACCUUUUUUGCGAAGCACAACGCAUCUCGAUCCCGCAGCUUUGGGAACGAAUUUGGUGUCUUAUGCUGCUUCGGGAAUGAACGAGCUAGAGGCUGCUGGGAGGGAGAAGCAAGGGGAGGGUGGUAAUCUGGGAAGAAGCCCUUGGGAAAGGAACGAGUUUAAGCCUGCUGCACAGCAGGCUUGGAUCCAGGGAAAGGCCGCUGGUUUGGAAGCGAAUGAGCUAGCUCUUGCUGUGAGGGAGAAGCAUAGGGAAUUGCCAGGCGAGCAGUCGUACAAGGCCCUGCUGAGUGCUUACCAACGGGCUGGGCAGGCGGAUAGGGCUGAGGAGCUGCUAUUGGCUAUGGAGAAGCGAGGCAUCCCUCUAACAGCCGACCUGUACCACAUGGUCAUGGACGCACAUGGCAGGGCGGGCAACACAGCGGCUGCAGAAGCCAUUCUGGAGCGACAGCUCAACCACACCGCACAGCCUUCUGCAGUACCAUCCGCCGAACCUUCUUCCGCCGAACCUUUCGCCGAACCAUCUGCUGAAGCAUCUGCCAAACCAUCUGUUGAACCAUCUGCCGAACCGUCUUUAUCGGAGUCAGCCCCAGCAGCAAUGAGCUUGAGAUUAGGCGACGAUGCCACCUCAGCAUUGGACGCCAUGUCAAUCACAAGUGCCACGUCAGCCACAAGUGCCACGUCAGCGUCAUCAACAGCCGCCCCACCGUUCGCACUGCCCAGGCCAGACAUCGUCCAGCUCACCUCCCUCGUGCACGCGUACUUGCGGGAGGGAAACUUUCAGGAAGCAGCAAUGCGUGUGCGGCAGAUGAGAGAGCUUGGGCUGGUACCAACCUACAAGACAUGGGCCACGGUGGUGAGCGGUGCUGCGCGGUGCAGAGAACUAUCAGACUGCUGCUCUUUGCUGGAAGCACUCUCCUUUGUGGGGUUCGACGUUCCUGAGAGCUGGCUGUGGGCCAUGGGGGCUCCUUUCCGAGCUGACGAGGAGAGGGAGGGCGUGCUGACAGCAAGAGGGUACUCCGUGGAGAGAUGGGUCAAGGAUGCUCCGAGCUGUCAAGAUAUGUCAUUGGAAGACUCGCCAUAUCCUACAUCAAUUAACACCAUGUGCAUAUAUGAAAAUGCUCUUAUGCGCACCGAUGUUGCGAUGCUGUUACGAGAGCUAGACGAGCACGGGUUUUUGGAUGGGAAGAAGGGACCUCCAAGGGUGAUGUCGCGGUUGUUGCGGAUUAAGGAGGAAAAGAAGGACCAGUGGAUAAAGAUGCAAGCGGUGCUUACGGAGACUAGGGCGCAACGGGCUGUCAAGGCUAGGAAGAAACGUGAUAGGAAUAGGGAGCUUCGGAAGGCACGGAAAACAAAAAGGUGA